GAUUGAAGGUGCUGGAGGCGGGGCAGCCGAGGAUGAGUCCCGGGGCCUAGUCUAACUCCACUUUUUCUCCUUCCGCACAGCGGGUUUCCGCUUCCCUCCAGGGCACUGGGUGAGGCAGUGAGGCCGAGGCUCGACGAGGUAGCGCCGCUAUGUGGCCCCCGGACGCAGAGCCGGAGCCCGAUCCGGAGUCCGCGGACCGCCCCCGAAGUGGCAGGACCGUGCCCGGGCUCCGCGCCUUGCUGCCUGCCCGCGCCUUCCUCUGCUCGCUCAAAGGCCGCCUCCUGCUGGCCGAGUCGGGACUCUCAUUCAUUACCUUCAUCUGCUACGUGGUGUCCUCGGCAUCUGCCUUCCUCACGGUACCUCUGCUGGAGUUCCUGUUGGCUGUUUACUUCCUCUUUGCUGAUGCCAUGCAGCUGAAUGACAAGUGGCAGGGCCUGUGCUGGCCCAUGAUGGACUUCCUGCGCUGUGUCACGGCUGCCCUCAUCUACUUCGUCAUCUCCAUCACAGCUGUCGCCAAAUACUCAGAUGGAGCUUACAAAGCAGCUGGAGUUUUUGGCUUUUUUGCCACAAUUGUGUUUGCAAUUGACUUCUACCUGAUCUUUAAUGAAGUGGCCAAAUUCCUCAAGCAAGGAGACUCUGUGAACGAGACCACAGCCCAAGAGACAGCAGGAGAUCAUUCCAACUCCAGCUCCGACUCUGACUCCGACUGAGAAGGCCGGUGUGUGCCUGCGCCUGGCGCCACGCAGGCCCGCCAUCCAUACCGUCCUGACGGGGCUACAGGAGCAUGGCAGCGGAAGCCCACGGGAGAGCAGACCGAGGAGCAGGUCUCCAAGAUUAUGGCCCCUGAGCCUCACACUCAAAAUUGGUUGUGCUGGCGCCUGAGGAGACUGAAUAUCCUGCCUUCUCCCGUUUCUGUCCUGAAGACCUGAGCCUUUGAGCCUCGCUGCCCCCAUGGGAGCAGACAUCACACGGAGCCAAUCACUGCGGUUCAGGUGGCUGCGUGGGGUGUGGUCACAGCAGGCUGACCCACCCAGCCCCGGUGGGCUCUGCACGGAGGGCUCCUGUUCACGCCUGCACUUUGUUGAGGACUUUCAGGAAUCUUUGUUCGAGAAGUUUCCCUCCUCACUGUAAAACGGGGAGAAACCCAACUAGCCAAGUCUUCCAUUGUGGGUCUGAGACCUUUUCAGCAAAGAGCCCAAAGACCUGUCUGUCUACCAGGGCAGUGGCGGUGACAACGUCACAUGUGGCUGGGCGGGCCCAGUCAAGCCCUCUCCUGGGAGCCACCUGGACAGGCCUGCUGACAUGGGCCUUCUCUGUGUUCACUUGGGGGUUGAUACUGUGUGUGUCUUUGAUGUUUUCUAACUUUUUUUUUAUAACUUUUUUAUUCAAAAGCAAUGUAACAAAAAUGGCAUUUCUGUGGCCCGAGAGGCCCCAGGAAUGAGCCAGAGCUCCGGGCCCAUGUCUUAAGAUGUUUGUAACCUUCUUCCUACCUUGCAUGUAAAUCCCCUCCCUAAAAGAAUGCCACAAUGGAUUAAAAACAAAGUGCCUACCUGC